AUGGACGUGACUGUGCUGCUCUUUACUGCGAUUCUGGCCUUUGUCAUGGGCAACUUUCUGAUGUAUGGCAUCAAGACUAUGUCGUCAUGGAUGUUCUGGAGAACCUCCCUUGAUGGCUUGGUUGAAAAGGAAACCCCUGAAGGGGUGACCAUGCAAUCUAUUGGAGUGGGAACAGAUCUCACCAUGGAUGAGAUCAUGAUGGUUUCCGACCACAUCAGAGAGGUCAACCGAAUGGACACGCAAUUCAUUGAGAGAGAGAUUCAUGACAUGGAGAUCGAAAACUACAGAAGAGAGAUUGUCAACAUCCAGCAAACCUCAGUGCCCCGACAAUCCUUUGAAGCGAUGAGGAUUCACUGCGAGGCCGAGAAAGCCGAGAUGAUCCGCACUUGCCGUCGAGAACUUCGAGAGAUCACGCAGAAUCCUGUGUACUUCACUAGGUGCCAGAACAUGAAUUUGAAGCUGGUGGACCGGUCACCGAGGGAUUCACCCAUGGGCAUUGCGCCUUUGGCUAUGCAGCUGACGGCCCUGUGA